AAGGGUAAUUAAUCAACAUCCCGCCCGUGUCAGCGCCAAUUCCCGGACUUAUCUAUUGUCGCCUCGCCCUACCCGCGCGCCUCCAUUAAACACGGCCACGGCCGUUACAAGUGAUGAUGACCAGUCCGCGCGAAAGUGCAACCGCUCGACUUCGUCAGACCCUCAAUCCUCUACGGACGACGGCUUUAGGAGGGUUUCAUAACCAGCUGAACACGCCGCAUUCCGCCGUGUCAGUUACUUCAUCACAUACUUUCGCCGGUCAUCAUACGCCAGCCAGUUCAAUACAGCCAUACAAUCCUCAAGAAUGGGGUCAAUCCCCCGCCGUCGGUCAUGAGCGAACUCACCAGUUUCCCCCAUCGCUGUCGCUGCGCGAUUCGCAAGCGUCAGCUCCUGCGCCCCCCCCACCAUAUUCCCCUCCACGGAGUCAGAGGCCAGCCAGUAUAGUUUAUGAGACUCCGCCAGCAAAUAUCUCCGCUGCGCGAAUACCCGCAUCGAGUGUCCAUCGUCCCUCGCCAGAGCCGUCAAAUACCCAGAGUUUUCCUCCUCCACCGGGCGCAAAUGGACGCGGUGGUUCCCGGGAAAGGCGGUUUGGCCUAUCCUCAUUAACUAGGCGACGAGACCGAGGCACACCCGAAUCUAUCUCACCACCAGACCCUCAUCCACCGGCUCCACUUCCUCGACCACAAACACUCGCGCUUCAGAUGCCUAUUCCUAUCAAUCCAACUGAAAACAACCCCACGUCUAUGCCUCCUAACUCGCGCAGAGCAGCAUCCGCAAGUGCGAUUGAUACACCCACGUCGGCUCGAUCAAGAUCAGCAUCGCAGUCAAGAUGGGAACCUGGAAUGCCUCUUCCCCCACCACCACCGGGCCCCCCUCCCCCUCAAUCUAGAUCUCAAAGCCUGAGUAGGACUACCGAACCUAUAGUCUCACCACCUACCAGGAGACCGCCACCCAGCGGAGUAACAGCCCUUGGGCCAGUCCCACCAACGCCAGCUGAUUGGGAAAAUAAUGAGCGCGAGGAGCGCAGUAAGUCAUCUAAUCAUCUCGGGUUAACAAUUGAUACAUCAUCCGCUUCCGAAUCCAGUUCCCAGGCCGUACCCGAUUCGGGGUCCGCGUCAACUUCGGCCGGCAGUGGGUUAAACAGGACGGGUGCCGUCCGAGGUGAAAAAUCCCUGCGAGAAAGGCGGAACGAGAGUCGAACAAGACAAAAACCAGAGGACGGGAUUCAGCCUUUAUCUGACAUUAUAGUGCCUAGUGGUCCAGGUUUAUCCCGCAGAUUUUCUGUCCAUAAGGGAACACCUCGAAGCGGCGGUAAAUCAAUCGCCGACAUGCCAAGAUCCGGCGAUGACACGAAUUUUGAUUCUAGGAACUCAACACCUCGCCCGUCGGCCGGACUUCACCCAGAAACGCCGACGCCCCCGUUUUCACCGCAUCCGCAAAAGGCAUACCCGGUUACAGAGCCGGGUCACCCUAUAGCCCCCAAAGCUCUCCCUACGCCACCACCACAAAGCCGAUCUGCUUCCAACUCUUCCCAGGCACGUCCUGAAAUACACAAAUUAAUGAAUAAUUUCUCAUCGAUUAAUUCCUCUACUUAUCCCACUACUAAACAAGCCAUUGUCGGUCAGACGGCCGAGCAAUUUUGCCAAGGCAGCAUAGAACGGUUCCAAGCAUUCGCCAAUCAGGAAGCGGUUGCGGAGUCGGACGCCGAACGAGUAAAACUAUUUACCGAUUUCAUAGUCAACGAGUCGAGGCUACGGCGCGAGAGAUAUGCAACAGCUAUCGGAGUGAUGGGGUCUGAGAUACUUGAUCUAACGCGGGAUUUGUUCCGCCCUAUGAAGGCACGGCGCGAUUCGACGAACUCGCAAACUAGUGAAUGGACGCCACAGAUGCCUGAGUCGAGAUCACAGCGGAAUUCCCUGACUUCUGUCUUCCGCGACCAGGCACAGUCGCAUUCAGCCCCGGCUUCUGCGAACCUUCCCAAUUCACCGAUCAACGGACCACCUCCUCCGCCUAAUGCGAACUGGACUUCCCAAUAUAUGCCUUCAUUAUCGCCGAUUCUUAGUAUGAGUGUUAGUGAGCAUCUAGAUGAGUCGAGUUCUCGGGGCAGACCAGCAAGCCGAUGGUGGGAAACGGAAUCCGGCGGCGAGUCAAAUCGAAUAGAGAGGACAAAACGGGAGUCCAAGUAUAUGGGUGUACCCAAAGAGGCAAGAGAAGCAUUGCAAUGGCAAGACCCCCCAAACAGCGCAGAUAGCCACGCGGGACCUAGUCGUCAAUAUGCGGAAAAUGAGUAUCCUCCCGAAAAAGUCGGUUGGCACGAGUCGAAGCAAAAUACACCCCAGCCAUUCCGAAGUUCUCUCUUAUCUCUAGGGUCAUCCACACCAAAUACUCCAAGUCCCUCUCAUCUCGAUGUAUCACGGCUCGUUACAUUACCACCACCAUAUCCCCGGCAUCAUCCCGCAGUAAAUAACAACCACCCAGAGCUAGCGUCAACUCGAACUCUCGUACGCGCUCUAAGCGACAUGCGAGAAGUUCAAGCAACAAAAGACCGGUUCAUACAAGACACGCAAAGAGCACGCGACGAAGCCGCACAAGCCUCAUCCUCCAGACAAAACGCGCUACGUACAAACCUUCAGCACGAGAUCAGCGGAGGCAACAUGUCAUACGCCGAAGCAGCAGCCAUCGAAGCCGACACACAAGCAUCCGAAAACGCCAAAGCCAAGGAAUUAGAAAAACACGAAUUCGACCGCUUCCAAAACGCAGUAGUCAUGCCUCUCAACGAGCUCCUAACCGGGCGUAUCGCACAAGCGACAUCCCUCUUCGACGAACUUCGCUCGCGUCUAUUCGUCGAAACACAAGCACCGAACCCUAACAUGCCGCAAGAAGAAGGCGACGAGCAACCGGAAUUGCUAGAGAAACUUACGCUGCUGAAGUGGAUUUUUGAGGCGCGGGAGAUGCUGCAUAGGGAGAUUUAUGAUUUGCUAACGGACCGCAACGACCGGUACAAAGAAAUGGUGAUCACGCCGUACCGACUCUCGGGGAACGACGAAAAGCUGCGGACAGCCGAAGCUUUCUUCGUGGACGACGCGACGAAGCGGCGCGCGGCCUUCGCUAACGAGGUACUGUAUCGGACGCGCGAGUUCCGGUCCGUGGUUGAGGAGAAUGUGGAGCGCGGCGUCGAUAUGCAACUCAAUGCGUUCUGGGACCUGGCACCUCCGCUGAAACGUCUGCUCGAUAAGAUCCCGUCUGUCCUUGACCACGGCUUCCGCAUCCAGAUCCCAAAUGCUGAGUUCGAUGAGAACCCUAGCUACCAUGAGCACCCGUUGCAGUAUCUGUUUAGCCUACUACUACACGCCGAGAAGAGCACGUACCAAUUCAUUGAGUCCCAGACUAAUCUGCUGUGUCUACUCCAUGAGAUCAAAGAGGCGGUAACAAGUGCGCAGGCGAAAGUAGGUGAAGCGGAGGGGCGGGAUGUCAGGAUUGUCGAGAAAGAGAGAGAGGCGGAGCAGACGAAGCUAACAGAUGAUUUGAAGGAGAAAGUACGUGUUGUGCAGGACCAGUGGGAGGGGGCACUUGGUGAGGCGAUGAGAAGUGUUAAGGAGCGCGUUGGCGAGUGGCUUCUAUCCACUGGCGGGUGGGAUGAGAGUCUUGAGGACGGAGGUGUGGGUGGCGUCUAACCUCGGGAUUAGUACCUGAGAUGAAAUCCGACUUACAAAAACAGCGUUGGUGUGAUGGAACAUGUGCGAUCGCUAAGUUGUUCCCGCGUGUUUGUGAUACCCCUUUAUUCCACGGCGGAUACGAUACGAUACGAUUUAUGGCUUGAGUUAUUUUUUUUUCCCUUCCGGAUCUCCUAGGUGGGCUCGAGAUUCAGGUUAUCAAUAUCUCGAAUGCCAUGCA